ACAUAAAACAAACACACAAACAUAUAACUGAAAGAUAUACAAGGUAUCCAAUAUUUCUUACAAUAGUGAAGCUAGCAAGUUCUCACCCCAAAAGAAUGGAAAAUUCUUGGUUACUAUUAGCCCUAAUUUCUGUACUCACAGUAGCCUUCAUCUUAACACUAUUCAAACCUCACCGGCAGCAAAAACUCCAGCCACCCGGUCCAAAACCAUGGCCUAUAAUAGGCAAUUUAAACCUUGUUGGCUCAAUCCCACAUCAAUCCCUCCACCACUUAUCAAAAAAAUACGGCGAAAUCAUGCUACUAAAAUUCGGAAAAUUCCCAGUUGUGGUAGCAUCAUCGCCCAAGAUGGCCGAGCAGUUCCUCAAGGUGCACGACGCUGCCUUCGCCUCAAGGCCUCCUUCAAUGGCCGCCGGAAAACACAUCAGCUACAACAACUCCGACGUAUCCUUCUCCCCCUCCGGUCCAUAUUGGCGAGAAACGCGUAAAAUACUCAUGUCCGAGCUCCUGAGCAGCAAAAAACUCGACCAACACGAGGAAAUUCGCAUUGAGGAGAGACGUACCUUCUUCGCGCGCCUCAGAGCCCUCUCGGGGAAGCCAGUUGUGCUGAGAGAGCAUCUAUCACGUUACACACUCUCAACCAUUUGCAGAAUGGUCGUGACCAACAAGUACGUUGGCGAAUCAGACGAAGAGGGGGCGAUCAUCGAUGAGCAUGGCAUGGCGGAGAUGAUGCGUGAGUGGUUUACACUCAAUGGAGUGUUCAAUAUCGGUGACUGGAUACCGUGGCUUGGCCCGCUUGAUCUGCAGGGGUAUGUGAAGAGGAUGAAGGCUUUUCGCAAGAAAUCGGAUUGGUUUUUCGGGUUUGUGAUUGAUGAUCACGUGGCUAGAAGAGGCGGCGGUGAUAGGGAUUUCGUUGAUGCAUUAUUGGAGAUAGCUGAGGAUCCAAAUGCUCAAGUUGAGCUCACAAGGGAUUGUCUCAAGUCAUUGAUCAUGAAUGUGGUGCUUGGUGGCCCGGAUACCUCAAUCACAGCGGUCGAAUGGGCUAUACACGAAAUGCUCAGACAACCGCGCAUAAUUAAGAAAGCGAGAGAAGAACUGCACACGGUGAUCGGUAGAGACAGAUGGGUGGAAGAGAAUGACUUCACUCAAUUGCCCUACAUUGAUGCCAUCAUCAUGGAAACAUUCAGAUUGCAUCCAAUUGCUACGUUUUUAGGUCCCCAUUACGCUAUUCAAGAUUGCAACGUUGCAGGAUACCACAUAUCAAAAGGGACUACCGUGCUCGUGAAUACAUGGAGCACGGGCAGGGACCCGAGUACAUGGGAUGAAGCUGGAGAGUUCAUGCCUGAGAGGUUUGUGGGGAAACAUACUGAUAUGACCGGAACUAACUUUUCCCUACUGCCGUUUGGCUCAGGUAGGAGGAUGUGUCCUGGAUACAACCUUGGACUUAAGAUCGUUCGAACAACGCUGGCUAAUUUGUUGCAUGGAUUUGAGCUUAAAUUGGAUGAAGGCAUGAGGAAUGAAGAUGUGAGCAUGGAGGAACAAUAUGGACUUGCCACAAACCCUAAACACCCUGUUUCUAUCGUUAUGAAACCUACACUUCCAACCCACCUUUACUAAAUUAUUUAUUGAUUGUUAAAUAUUUUCAACAAGAACUCUAGAGAUAAUAUGGAUUCUUUGUAAUGUGUGUGCAUAUAUGUGUGAAUUAUAGUGAUUCUACCCGAAUGGACAACACCUGUUUAUCAAAUUAUAUCCAGCUUCUCCUGCA